UUUAAAAAAGAAAAUGUGAUUUAUGACGAACGCUUGCGUGCUCUGCAUUUAAACUACGUUCCCGACGAUGUCCGUGUUUUAAAUGAACGGCAUCAAACAGCAGCAGUCGUCUGACGUCGGCAUUGUAACUCACAGAGAGUCGUCAGCAUGGAGUUUCCAGACGAUUUUAACCAGCUAGAUCUUCUAAAUACACACAACCACCUGAUCCCUCGAGGGGCUAGCAGCCUGUGGACUGGGAGUAAAGAUGAAGAGGGAGAAAUGGAUGAUGAAGAGGUCCAUAGUGAGGAGUGGUGCCUUCAAAAAGAAGAAAGUCUCAAAGACAAACCAGCUGCGCUCAUUCUUUGGGCUGCAGAAAACAACCGUGUGUCUUUGGUCCACAGAUUGUUAGCUGCAGAGGCCUCUUUGGUACACAGCAGCGAUGAAGACGCUUACACUCCCCUGCACCGGGCCGCCUAUGGCAACCACGUGGACGUGGCGGCUGCCUUGCUGGCUGCCGGCUCGAAGGUGAACGCUCGCACCGUCGACGGUUGGACGCCCCUCCACAGCGCGUGCCGCUGGGGGCACGUCACCAUGGCGACCUUGCUCCUCCAUCAUAGCGCUGAUGUUAACGCUCAGACCAAUGGAGGCCUCACGCCUCUCCACCUAGCCGCCUCGCACAGCAGUUCUUCCAAAAGUGACUGGCGCCACACUUUGGAGCUCCUCCUCUCGCAGCGCCACCUGAAGGCAGGACUUCGCAGCAACAGUGGGGAGAGCGCCAGUGAGCUGGCUCGACGAAACGGCCCCUACCACUUCCUGUUUGAGAUGGCAGAAGACUGUACCAGUGUUUUUCCCAGCCAAUGAAUGUUUUCUUCAAGACAAGUGUGAGGAAUUUAACAGUUUUAAAUAAAUGACUUUGGUAAUGUCCCUCUUGUCAAAUUGCAUAUUCAAAUGUGGUAAUUAAUGACAGUCUUGGGAAUUUUAGGAAUCCAAUGUGACAGAUUCGGCUGUCACAUUGGCAUUUUGUUGAACUGAGUCUGCCCUCGCAAAUUUCUUUUUCCCAACCUGUUUUAUUUUGACUCUGACUUCUCCUCUUGAGGAACUCGAAGGGUGUCUGCUGAUGUACACAACAUUGAAAAUUUUUUUUCCCUUCAUUAACUGCAGACACUCAAGAGGUUACAUAAAACAUGUUUUGAUGCUCAA